AUGUCGACAAUAAGGCAGCGAUUUACAGGUGCCAAGCGGGCCUUCUCCAGCCGGCGUGCGCUAUUGGAAGCAGUUCGUACAGAAAACGACGGGGAGGCUGGCCUCUUCGGCAGCUGGUCAAAUAAAGAUUUGGACCCGUCUCCUCCUUCUCAGAGAAUAUGGACACGUUGGUCUUUCUUUGCUUUUCAGUUUAGCAUCGCUUUUUCGCCGACCACGUACAAUGUCGGGGCUAGCCUCUACGCUGUCGGUCUCAACUGGUGGACCAUCUUGAUAGCUUCCUUUAUCGUUUCUUUCUUAGUGGGUGGAAUGCUUUGGUUGAACUCCCGUGGAGCUGCGAUAUACCACGUGGGAUAUCCGACUUACGUGCGGGCUUCCGCCGGUAUCUAUGGAUCCCUAAUAUUCAUCUUCCUCCGAGGGGCGGUCGCCAUUUUAUACAUGGGAAUCCAGACUCUAUACGCUAGUUAUUUUGUGAACGUUAUGCUUCGUUGUGUCUUUGGUCACAAGUGGACUGACCUCCCGAAUCAUCUUCCCAAGUCAGCCGGUAUCACAUCGGGAAAGUUGGUUUCCUUCCUUAUUCUAUGGCUUCUCCAGUUCCCGUUCGCAUUUGUCCACCCGAGCAAAAUGUCAAAAGUGUUCAUGGUGAAGUCGGUUAUUGCACCAAUUGGAAUGAUUGUGACAAUGAUAUGGGCAAUCAUCUCUAGCCAUGGUGUCGAUUUCCACGGACUCGGACCUAGCAAUGUGUCUGGGGCCGUCCUGGGCUGGUCUUUCAUGAAAGCAAUCAACAGUAUUGUUUCUAAUGUGAUUCCUCCGUUGGUUAAUUCUCCUGAUCUGACGAGAUAUGCGAAGUGUCCACGCGACACUCUGCCCUUGUCUAUUGGAAUCAUCUUGAGCAAACCAGUUGUGGUGUUCCUGGGAAUGGUCAUCACAGCCGCUGGUUACAAACAGUUUGGAGAGGCAUAUUGGAAUAUGUGGGAUCUCUAUUCUAGUAUCCUAGACCAUUACUGGAGUCCAGGAGCCCGAACGGUUGUGUUCCUUGGUGCGGGUAUUCAGGCAUUUGCUACCUUUGCUACAAACCUCACUAGUAACUCAAUUCCAGUCGGAUGCGAUCUCGCUGGUCUGUUCCCACGGUACAUGACAAUCAUCCGUGGCCAAGUGUGCUGCUUCUUAUUGGCGUGGGUAGUGGUUCCAUGGAAAAUGACCUAUUCCGCCGCGUCCUUCCUGACCUUCCUCAACUCAUACCUCUGUUUCAUGUGCCCCAUUGUAGCCAUGAUGAUUGUUGAUUACUGGAUGGUUCGCAAGGGAAACAUCCAUGUGCCUUCCCUCUAUAACGCAAAACCCGGCUCUCCAUACUUUUAUACUGGUGGCUUCAACCUACGCGCAUUUGCAGCCUGGAUCGGGGCAAUCGUCCUUGUCAUUCCCGGUGUCUCUGGCGCUCUUCACCCUGGAUCGAUCGGAGACGCUGCUGUCAAGAUUUACAACAUGGGCUUCUUGAUUUCUACCACUUUCGCGGCGCUGUUCUACUAUAUAUGCUGCAGGAUUUGGCCAGUGCAAAUCUAUCCUACCGAGCUGGGGGCAAAAGACGCUAGUUGGGAGGCCACGAGGUACACAGAGGGCUUUUUCCCUGAAGACGAAAUCGUGCCGGACUAUUUGCAGGAAACUGUGAUUGAGGGGGUGACAGUGGGGCCUUCAAAAGGCUCGUUGGAGGUAGAAUCCGUCAACAUGCGGAAGGAGGGAAUGUUGUAA